AUGAGAUGGUGCGAAACUCCUAAUGAACUCAGAGAGUUCAUCGAAAACAAUAAAAAAAUCUCUACUACCGAUUCUUCUUCUUGUGCUUCUUCCCCCACCCUCUCUGUUGCAGGCUCACCAGCUGGUUCAACAAUUAGUACCACCAGUCCUACUAACACUAUAUAUGUGUAUAACGUUGCUGCUAGGUCAUCUCCGUCUACAUAUAACAUCAACCUUAUUCCACAAAGUCCUCCUCUAAAUCAAAUCGUAAAACUUCCUCGUUUAGACGAUCUAAUCACUCCGCCUGCUAGCCCAAAACAUAAUAACAGAUCAUCGUCAUCAUUCAUUAUCGCAAAGAAACAAUCGAGAAAAAAAUUUAAUAAUGUUAGACGCUCAAGUGAUAUCAAUACCAUUACAACCAAUCGUCAGUAUGGUGUCACUAAAAACCAUGGUGAUAGCUCAUCACCGAUCAUAUCUGAACGUAAAAGAAAAAGUAACAGCCUUGCGAGAGUGAUGGCUGAUCGCGGUUUAUCGGAAGAGCCAAUCAUUCCUGCCACUUCAUCUACUUCUACUAACUCGGGCGAAGUUAAAUCGAUUAGAAUUCCUCCUUCACCACCAUUGGAAUAUGAGAAAUUAAUUGAAAAUCUUAAUAACAUGAAUUUGGAAAAUAGAAUUUUGAAUACCGCUGAACCUAACAUCAUUUGGAAAGGUUGA